UGACCUACAAAACUACACGGUAACAAAAACAACUGAUAGAGUCGAUCAUGAGAGAAAUGCAUUGAUUUUUCUGCUUUUUGCCAUCGUUUUUCCAUGUCAUUAUGCAUUUUUCAAUACCAGAUACAGAAGAGUUCACGUCAGAGAAUGGAUCUACAUAUACGGGGUAUCACUUGCAUGUUAACGGUGUUGAGCACUCAACUUUACGAUAUAGCCAGCUCCACGAUUUCAAUGAAAAGUUAAAGAAGGAAUUUGGCAGUGAAGUCAUCAACCAUUUUAAAUUUCCUCCAAAGAAACUGCUCGGUCUGAACCCAGCUCAGAAAGAAGAACGAAGAGAGAAAUUGGAGCAUUAUAUUCAAUUAUUAAGUCAGGAUGCAAGGGUAGCCAAUAGUGAUGUCUUUAACGGAUUCUUAAUCAGUGCACAAAAAGAGACAGAAAAAGGCAUACCAGAGAGCGUAGAACUCAAUGUGUACUUGAUGAACGGUCAUAAAAUUACAGUGGACAUUAUGUCCACUGACCAAGCUGAAGAUGUACUGGAGGCUGUUGCAUCUAAGAUUGAACUUCCAGAUCAGUUUGUCUAUUACUUUGGCUUGUACCUUGUCAAAAAGGAUGAAAGCACUGCAGGCAGCAUUGUCCGUAAAAUACAUGAUUUUGAAUCGCCAUAUAUUUCGUUGAGUUCAUCAAAAGGACCGCAUAGAAUAGUAGUAAGGAAAUCGUAUUGGGAUCCUGUUUUCGAUGAUGAUUUGAAAGAAGACAGAGUUGCGAUGAAUCUAUUAUUUAUUCAGGCUGUAAGUGAUGUUGACAGGGGAUGGGUUUCUGCCAACAAGGAACAGCUUCGACAUUUAGAUUCUCUAAAGAAGAAAAACUUACGCAAAGAGUACCUACAAGAGGUUCGACGUAUGAAGUAUUACAACUACAUUCAGUUUAAGCCUUGCACAGCAGAUUAUCCGGAGGAAAAUGUUCCUGUCACUGUCCAUGGUGGAAAUCGUGAAAUCAUCUUCAGAGUAAGGACAGCCGACGGAUCAUUCAAGGAGGGAACAUUCAAGAUUACCAGAAUGAGGUGCUGGAGGAUAACGUCUUCGCAAGAGGGGAACAGUGACGCGUUGGAGUUAUCAUUUGAGUAUUUAAUGGCAAAGGACACACUGCAAUGGAUCACUGUUAGAACGCCAGAAGCAAUCUUGAUGAGCCUUAGCUUGCAAGGAAUGGUGGAUGAACUGAUUAUGUGCAAGAAAGGAUUGAAAAUGAAAAAGCCUUCAGAUCGUAUUAAGGGACCGCAGCGACAGUACAAGGGCAGAGAUGGAGGGAUCAUUAUCACCAGAUCGACAACCAACAAUGCAGCUGCCAUUCCAGAUCCUCCGGUUUCACAGAAGGGGCCUGAAAACUCAGCAAAUCACAAUAAAAAUUCAGACAAAAUGCAGUCAACAUUGCCACCAAAGAGCAAAGGUCCUGCAGCUCACAUUGAAAAUGAGAUCUUUGAAGGCAUUGGUGAUGAUGACCUCUGAACUCUAUUUGGCAAGAGGGUUAAAGUCCUCCUCAGUGAACUCCUCUAGGUUUUAAAUUAUAACCUAUAUUAAGAUGUAAACUAUAAGUUAUGAUUGUAAAUACAGAAAAAUAUAUAUUUCAACUCAUCAUGUUUUUAAAGAGAUAUAUUACUAUUAGCCAUCAUAAUAUGCAUAACUACACAAUUUUAUCUUGGAAGGCAGAAAGAAACCAACACAGCAGUGAAAUUAUAAUUUAGACUGGUAGUAAAACUGUCAAUUAGAAGAAUUUUUUUUUGGAGUAGUUUUUUUUGUAAACUUCUGAUAAUUACAUCAGAAUCUAUUUAUCACCAACUGUGCUUUAAUGUCUUCAAGCUUAUAACAAUAAUUAUAUGAUAAUGUUAUUAGUAAUGAUGAUGAUAAUGUAAUGUGGUUCUUAAAAAUCAUAAAGAAACUUGACCAUAUUAUAUGUGUUUUUAACAAGACUGUUAAAAUACAUUUUGAAUUUAAAUACAGAAAUAAAAAAAAAUAAAGGAAAAUUAAGAGAAAUUAACCUUACCAAAAGACACUUUAAAUAUUACAACAAAAGCCUAAAUUUCAUACUACAGUAUAUACAUAUGCAGUAUCUGUGCCUAAAUAUGUAUUAAAACUUAGACAUUUUAUGUAAGGAGACUCAAUCAGUGUCUGAUCUUAGUUUAAUACUUAGUCAAAUGAUCAGUCACAUGAUCCGUGUCAUAGUAAAAGAGUCACCAUGAAGCAUAGAAAGCAUUGUAGGCUGCUGUUGGAACUGAUCCAGCGUAGAUGGUAAAGAGUUUUCCCUAGUUCAGUACUUUUUUUAGCUCAAGGGCAAUUUGGUUUGUUAGAACACAGUAAAAAUUAUUUUUUUAUAAAACAAAAAUCCAACUUUUACCAAAAGUGCUUAAAGUUUUCAAAUUGAUAGUCUGUUCUGUCACACGUUCAAUCACAUAAUGUUUCUUAUGCUUGUUAAAUACUGCCAGCAUGUUGGAUGUAUGCGAAAAAAAUUUAUAGGAUUGUGUAUAUCUGAGAAGUGAGUUGAUUUUAAAAUAUUUGACUGAGAGUUGUAAACACGUAAAGAAUAUUUUAAGUUUUAGCCAGUAUAUUGAUAAUUGAUUUUAGAUUAAAUAGUAAGUAACAAAAAGUAUCCAUUUAUUCCAUAUUCUAAUGUGAAUAUGUAUAUGUGGUGAAGACAUGCCAAACAAGUCAAUCAUUGUGUUUCAGAAAUAAUGGCCAAAACAUGCUGGAAUGUCAGCAUUUUUUUAUAUCUAUUUUAUUGCACUAAACUACCUUUUAUAUAUUUAUACAUCAUGCUAUGUUGUUAUUUACCCCAUUUUUAACGUUAAAACAACAUGUUUUAACAACUGGGUGAUGGUCUUUGCCUGAGAAAUCUCCAGAAUCAUAAAAAAGGCUGAUUUCUCAAAUACUGUUUAUUCAAUGUUUAAACACCUGUAACUUCAUAACAGAAUGUCGGAUUUAUAUGAUUUUUUUAAACCAUUUUAUAACUUUCAUUUUAUUGUUUAACCAUGUAUUAAAAACUUAAAAUCAUUUUUUUACGAGGAGUGGCUGGUUUGGCUUGUCUCUGCCACAUACUCUAAGUUUGUCUGGGUGUAUGGAAUCUGAGAUUAAGUUGGUUGUAAAGUACUGAAGAAGACUGUGCUGGGCUGCAAAAAGCUUAUUAAACCAAAUGUGGAAAUACUUUAAAAAAUAUUUUUUCAAAAAAGAGUAUCACAAGAAGACAGUAGAUUAUAAUGUUUGUUGGGUACACUUUUGCAUUGUGGGUGAAAAAGAAUAUUUCUGAUGAAAAUCAAUUUUAUCUUAAAAAGAUGAAUUAAUGAGGGUACUAUUUUAAUUGAUAUGAUUUUUAUUUUUUUUAUUUUGAAAUAAAUAACUUGCAACUAGAUUAGCUUAAUUACGAUUUUAUCUCAUUGAUCCCACUAUUUUCAUAUCCAAUAAUGUGCUCUUUUGAUGUAUUUUAGAUGUUACAACAUUUAUAAACUCAGUAUAGUUAUUUUUUAAGUGGUUUCUAAAUUGAUCAGGGGCGGAUCCAUAGAUGUCCGAAAGAGAAUUAUUACUUUUUAUUAGUGGGACCCCAGUGGGGAACAUAAGGUUUUUUAGGGGGAGUUUCCCCCCAAUUUCUACCCCUAGAUAUACCACUGGACCUAUUCUCUUCCUACAGUAUAUGUACCUGUACUUAAUGGAGGCCAAAAUUAGGUCUGCAAAUAACCUACCUUUUCCAGGUGACUGUCUGCCGUUAGACAACACAUAACCUCUUAUUAGUUUUUUUUUUUCAAGUUAUGUUUUUUUUACUAUGUAACCUUUAGUUUGGUCACAUCAAAAUAUUAUAAUUAUAUCAAAUAUUUUUGUGGUGUCAGUCACAGAGUUCCAUUGAAUUGUUAGUUUCUGCUACCAUAAUUUGUUGAUAAAAAUCCUAUAAUAUUUGUUAGUUAUAUUUCAUUUAUACUAUUGUUUACAGUGUCAAUAAAAUAGCAUCAACUAAGUUAUAAAA